AUGAGCCCCGGUCUAAGCCAAGCCGUGACCCACAGACUCCUGCCCGUUCAGAAAGUGGAGCCGCCACCGUCUGCCUCCCCCUCAGAACCUCCCUCAGGCGCUUCCCCACACUCCCCCUCUGGCCCAGACCAGCGGCAGUCAGCUGAGGAGCUCGUCCCGACGCCAGCGCAGCCUGACAGACCUGCGGAGGAGACGCAACCGGAGGCACCGCAGAUAGAGGAGCAGCAGGAGAGGAGUGAGGAGCAGGCGGUAGAGGAGAAGCCAGGAGCGGAGCGGCAGCCACAGGUGGAGGAAGAAGAAGAGAAGACAGGUGUGGAGGAAGAGGUAGAGGAGGAGGAAGAGGAGGAGGCUGAGUUAGAGAUGGAGGGUGAAGAGGAGUCCGAAAAGGAGCGUAUCUUGGUGGAGGUGGAGGAGAGCAGCCUCCUGAGUGAGAAGGAG